CGAUGCAGGGAAACGGGUGCGCUGCACACACACGCACACACCGCGUGUGCUCACGCCAAGUGCACACACGUACCGUGCACUCACCACGUGCACUCCUACCACGCACAGGCACACAUCGCACUACGCGUGCUCACACUUCAUCCGCGUCACUCGUACCACACGCGUACCACGUGUGUACACACACCAUGCACACACACACCACAUGUACUCAUACUGCACGCACGCGCACACCGUGUGCUCGUGCCGCACACGCGCACACGUCACGUGCACCCUACCACAUGCACUCGUGCCACACACACACACGUGCUCACGUGCAUAAAGAAAGGCUACCUUUUCCGAGCCGCUCGAGAGAGUAGCUCUCGGCAUGGAGCACCUCUGCGUGUCCUAGGAGGGAGGCGACGGCCUCUCCCCCCUGUAGCCGCUGGGUCUCCACUGCAGCUGACAGGCAGUGUGGGCACAGACAUGUCCGCUGGGCGCACCUGCUCCAGCCUCUCCCCGACUCGAUGUCGUCCGAUGAUCCCUGAGGAGGCUGGCCUUUGCAGCACCUCCCGCCUCCGGCUGGUGCCCGACACUCUAUGCGAGCCAGCUCCCGCCUUUCCCCUUUGGUCUAAUUGUCCCAGUGUUUAUUAUGUACGUAUUACCGGCACUUAUCGCUCAUUUAUAAUUGGUCAGGGCUCAGAUAUUUGUCAUCGGUUAUCAGCAUGCAUCCGCGGAUCGCUGCCGGCCCUCACGCUGUGCCGGGGUUGCACGGGGAGCUGUCAUGUUGUGACGUGUCAUUGCCUCCCUACUUUCCGGCACAAGGCUCUCGGGUCCCUCUGUCCCAGCCCAGAAAUCAGCCAUUUGUCCGAGGGGCCCUGCCUCCUCUUGGGGAAUGGUCGUGGAGACAGGCCUGGGUGCAAAACCUGCGUGUUGCUUUCAAGAUGUCUGUUUUUAGGCCGUGUCUGUGGACAGCGAGGGAGGACGGGCACACCCACACGCACACACCUAUGUGCGCUUUUGAGAGACCGCGGCGCCAUGCCGACACCUCCAGUUCCACCUCCGUGGGCUCGUUUGCCUGCCUUGUCUGUAUCUACAUCUGCCCUCCACGUCUUGGGAUCUGACUUCCCAUCCUCCUUAUUGGUAGAACGUGAUCGCGCUUCCAGAAGUCUGGACUCUUCCCAAAGGCACGCUCAGGGACAUGGCUCCCUCCUGUCCCGCCUCCACGUUUUUGCAACUAGCGUCAGUUUUCUGGUUUGUCCUCUUUGUGAAGAUGCCUGUGUGCUGACUACACGUUGUUUCUUCUCCUGGAAAGCACUCUUCUACUCGGGGACGACUCCCUCUUGGAGCCACGUAGUGCUUCAUCGUGUGGAUGAACCGUGGCCGACUCAGCCAGCCUCCCGCAUGCUGGCGUUUUCGUGGUUGCCAGGACUUCAUGACUCCCAACAGAGCUGUUUGAAUAACCUCAUGCACGUGUAUUUUCAUGCUGUUCGAGGUGCGUCUUUAUGGCGAAGUCCUACAAGUGGGAAUGCGAGGUCACGGGGAAGCGUGGAUCCAGUUGGCUGGGUAUUGCCACAUUGCCCUGCCCUUCUCCCCUCGCUGGUCUGGUGGUGGGGCAAUGGUGCCUCUGGACUUUGCUUCAUUCUUUUUUUUCUUUUUAAUGUUUAUUUGAGGCAGAGAGAGAGCAAGGGGGGGAGGGGCAGGCAGAGGGGGAGAGAGAUUCCCAAGCAGGCUCUGCGCUGUUAGCGCAGACAGAGCCUGAUGCGGGGCUUGAACCUAUGAACCGUGAGAUCAUGACCUGAGCCGAAAUCAAGAGUCGGACGCUUAGCUGACUGAACCCCCCCCAGAUGCCCCUUUGCUUCAUUUCUUCACGCGUGAAGGCGAAUGUCUUCAUAGGUUUGAGAACCAUCUGUUUUUAUAAGUUGUCUGUUCAUAUAUUUUGUCCAUUUCCCAUUGGACUCGGGGCAUAUUCCUCUCACAUUAUGUGCACACGCUUGGGUGAUUGCCCUUUAUCUCCAGUAUAUGCUGCACAGCCUCCAUCUGUCACUUUUCUUUCCACUCUGAGUGGGAAGUACCUUCCCGUGUGGAAGUUUCCGGUUUCCUUUUUGCAGGUUUAUUGCUCGUUUUGUGCCGAGUCCUGGUUGGGAAGCUUUUCCCACAGUCAGUUCCGCCGUGUUUUCUGUCCACGUUUGCUUAGUGUCUCUUCUGUAUGUAGACUUCGGGUCCGUUUGGAGCUCACUUUUGUUUGUGUGAAGGUAGGCCUUAUUUUAUCUUUCUCCAAGCGGCUGUCCGCUUACUGAAGGCCCAUCAUUGCCUCAGAGAUUUGAAGUCACACACCGAACAUGCACAUUUCAAGUUUGGGCAACUAUGAAUAAAGCUGCUAUAAACAUCUGGGUGCAGCUGCUUUGAGGACCCAUGAUUCCAACUCCUUCGUGGAAGUACCAGGAAGCAGGAGUACUAUAAAGUAAGAGAAUGUUUGGUUUUGCAAGAAGCCGCCAAACUGCCUUCCACAGUGGCCGCACCAUUUUGCAUCCCGCCAGCAAGGAGUGCUUCACAUCCUCCCAGCACUGGUGUUGUGUGUGCUCCGGAUUUGGGCCAUUCUGACAUGUGUGGUGUCCCUCGUUUUAAUGUGCAUUUGCCGGAUGCACAUGAUGUGAUGCUUACGUGCCGUCUGUACAUCUCUGGUGUCCGUUAAUGUCUUUAAGCCUAUUUUCCAACUGAACUCUUUCCUUAUUGUUGAGUUUUAAGGGUUCUUUGUACCUUUUGAAUAACAGCCCUUUAUCAGAUGUGUCUUUUGCACAGGGGUUCUCCCAGUCUGAGUGUCUUCUCGUCCUCUUGACAUUGUCCAUCACGGAACAGAGAAUUUUAAUUUUAACAAAGUCUA